CGUCGGAUAUUUUCACGGACAAACUGGUGUCGCUGGCGUACCUGGUUGUGAAUUGGCUAUGAAUAUAAUCCCAUAACCUUAUUACGAUCAGGUCACCAAAGUUGAGCGCCUCUGCUUACGCAAGUACUACUCCACGUACUACUUCCCUCACUACGAGCGCAAACAACUACGAUACCACACGACUCCACCCUAACCUGUAUAUAUACACAUAGCAUAUCGACGCGAUUAUCAACAAUUAACAGUAGAUUGUCAAUAGGAGGAAAUUACACGGAAAAAGAGUCCAACCGUGAUAUGCAUUGGAUGCAAGUGCAAAGUUCACAUACCACGUUCCACGGACCCAUCAAGAUGUAAUCGUGGAAUGCUUGAAUGGCGCGCAGCAGCAUAUUUGUUUUAAAAAUCUUGUCUAAUUGUAACGGGGAGUCCACCAAUCCGAAGUACGGGUCAAUGCGCAACGUUAUAACGAGCAACCAUAAGUCGGUUGUCAAUGGUUGCCAGUGUUUCUCACUGGAUAAGACGACACAAUCAGUGAAUCUCGGCCAAUCACGGCACUUACUUCUGUUCACGCUAUAAAUAGCUGAUCCUUCCUGACAGCUAGUGAUUGCUGAUUAACUUGGUCCUCUCUGGAUGGAACACAAAAGCUAACAGUAUAUCAAAACAAUCUGAAGCGUUUUGAAUGGACUGGGUAACCGGAUCUUUAUGCGCUCUAGUGCAAAUUUAUUUCGAAAGCAUUUCAAAUGAUAAUCACCUUGAAACCAAACCGCUUUUUACUUCCAUUAAUUAGAGAGGUCAUCGGGUUAGACCUCGAGAUCAAAGGGAUGCUGUAGAGCGUAAUGAAUCCCAUCCGGAUACAAUAGAAUGAUUUGAAAAACGAUGCACCUGCAGAGAUUCGUGGUGCACAUCUUCGAACACCAAUAUCGAAGAUGGUGUCGGUGUACGACUGCCUACGAAGAGCGAAUAGUUUAAUCUACAAUAACCAGAUCUCUCUAAAAUGUCGGCGAACGAGGAGUAUCGGGCAUCUUGUGCUGAAUGACGGCAACUACUUGGAAAGCGAAAAGCCGUAAUUUUUGGCGAAUGUUUCGCGUUUAAUACGGGUAAAUCUAUAUUUUUAUUGGUAUAACCUCGAUCGCGAGCAAAGAUAAACAUAAUCCUUAAAACAGAUUUGUAGAAUCGAUCCGGAGACACUUCGUUCCUUGUGUAUUUUCAUUAUUCGACGCAGACGACGUCUUCCUUGAACAUAGUGUUUAUGAAGGUGUUAGUAAUUAAGCCGUGGUGAUUGCAAACAAUUAAUUAGCGCGCCUGGCAAGGUGUGGUUGAACAACAUGAGUCACAGGGGGUUUCCUGUAUGGGAUAAAUUUGAAGUCUCUGCUGUCCUCAAGCAUUAGUCUUGCUUGUAACAUGAGACACUCUAGAAGCAAUAUCUUGCAUUUGUCACACAGAUGAUCUAGACCAGAAUUAGAAGAUGAUAACAAUACUUUCAAUGCAAGCAUAAUACACUGAUACUGAUAUCAUGGUGCUUUGGGAUAUCCUUCUGGCUGCUAUCUUUUUGGGCUUCAAUUUGGUGCAAGUCAAAUCUGAAAGUCAUGGUUACUGUGCACCGUAUAAUGGUAAGAUCUGUAAAAAGUACCUCACAGGUAUCGGGGAAGUCUGGUUUAAUGAUUCCAAUGACAAUCCCGGAGGCUGGCAAAAUGAACGAAUAACUACAGACCUUUGGGAAGAAUUGAUACAAAGACUAGUAGAGCCAUGUAGAUCUGCAGCUGAGAAAAUGCUUUGCUUCUAUGCAUUUCCACAAUGUCAAGGUUCUAUAGCGUUGCCACUCUGUUACGAGGACUGCAUGGCUGUGAGGCAUCAAUUUUGCUACAACGACUGGGCCUUAAUAGAAGACAAUAAGCAAAGAAACAUCUUUAUCAGAUCCAGAGGGCACUUCACUUUACCAGAGUGUGAGAGGCUGCCCAAGAUUAGCAAGGAAAAACCCACUUGCUCUCACGUUCAUCUGACUGAUAUAAAUGUGGAUCUCAUCACUUAUGACUGUGUUAAGGGCAAUGGCCGUUUUUACUUGGGGAAGGAAAACAAAACUAAAUAUGGUCGCAACUGUCAAUCCUGGGGUGUUCAGGAGCCGCACAGCCACGAUAAACCGCCGGAUGUCUUUCCGCAAAUCCGCUAUGGAGAAAAUUAUUGUAGAAAUGCAGGCGGCGAUGAACCCAUGCCUUGGUGCUUCACUAUGGAUCCGCUGAUCCGCUGGGAACACUGUGACAUUCCAAUUUGUGAUAAUUCAACGGAGACGGUGGUAGAAAUCGACCCGAAAGAUUUGACUAUGGAAACAUUUUUCACGCCUACUUUUGUAAUGAUCCUCUCCGCCGUGGGGUUCAUCAUCUUGGUCGGUGCUUUACUCGUCGUACUGUUAUGCCAAAGGCUUCAUAAAACACACCAAGGAUACAAUCCAACAGAAAGCCAGAAUGCAACGUUACAGGAUGUCAACAUCGACCUGGACAAACUACCCAGCAACGACGCGUACCAUAAAACGGGUGCGCAACUAAAUCCAAAGUUGGAGAAGUUAGAAUUUCCAAGAAACAACAUCAUCUACGUAAGGGAUCUGGGUCAGGGUGCUUUCGGUCGAGUCUUUCAAGCGAAAGCACCAGGUCUGGUACCAGAUGAGGAAUUCACGAACGUCGCUGUCAAGAUGCUCAAGGAGGAGGCUUCUGAAGAUCUGCUAGUGGACUUUGAACGGGAAGCUUGUCUCCUAGCAGAGUUCGAUCACCCAAACAUCGUGAAGCUUCUAGGAGUCUGUGCAAUUGGACGUCCCAUGUGCCUCCUAUUUGAGUACAUGGGUCGUGGCGACCUGAACGAGUUUCUGCGUUCCUGUUCUCCAGGAAAUUAUAUUGUGCGAAGUCUAGAAAAGGACGGCACUUUCACAGACUCCCGUCUCUCCCACAUGGACCUCAUAAAUAUAGCGAGACAGGUCGCGUCUGGUAUGGUCUAUCUAUCCGACAGAAAGUUUGUUCACCGAGAUCUGGCUACGCGGAAUUGCCUAAUAAACGAUCAGAUGGUGGUGAAAAUAGCAGACUUUGGCCUCUCGCAGAAGAUCUACCUUCAAGACUAUUACAAAGGCGACGAGCAGGAUGCCAUCCCGGUGAGAUGGAUGCCAUUAGAGAGUAUACUGUACAACAAGUACACAGUGGAGUCAGACGUAUGGGCCUUCGCCGUCUGUCUUUGGGAGAUCUUCAGUUUCGCUCUUCAGCCCUACUACGGCAUGACCCAUGAGGAGGUAGUCAAGUACAUCAAAGAAGGCAACGUACUGCAGUGUCCGGAGAAUACGCCAAAGUCUGUAUACGAGCUGAUGAAACUCUGCUGGAACAGAAGACCCUCGGACAGGCCAACCUUUAGGACCAUCUACCAGACUCUGGAUGUUAUCAAGCAUGAGCUGGAAAGCAGCGAGAACAAACUAGACAGCGUUCCUCUGCGCAUUCAUGUUUAAAGGUAGCUUCUCUCUUUUCUUAUUUUUUUUUCAUCUUUCUCUUUCUCUCCUUCCUUCCGCCCCUUUUUAAUUGCCUCCAAGGUAUGUCCCAUCCAUACCGUCAAUUGCAGAGGUACACUAAGUAUGCAGCUAGUCGAGAGACCAUUUAUUUGUCGUUAGCUUUCUUAUCGCAGACCAAAGUUUUUGUCGAAAAUUUUUUAUCGAAGAAAGCCGAGAUUUAGGCCUAAUUUUUAAACUGUGUGAUCAACGAGGCUAAACUUUUUUAAGCAACAUUGAAUUUCGCGCAAACGCAUUUACAAAGAGCAACUAGUUCGUUUGGCCUAUGGGAAAUACGAAUUUCAGUAUCGAAUUGUGCAUCCAUCGCAGUCGCGUUUGAUGUUCGUUUGUAAAUAGUGUAUUUCGUUAGGAGCUGUGACACAGGCUUUACCUCUUUCCAAAGUUCCAUUGCGUUCGCAGUCCAAGGGCAUAAUCGUGCAUGUUGUAAGUUUUGGCUAUAUAAGUGUUUUUAUACUUAAGCGAGAUCUAUUUAUACUUUAAAUGAACGUUAGAUGUUAGAUGCAAGAGGGUCGCUAUAACAAAACCUAAAAAGGAAUGAAAAUAAGAUGAAGUAACUGAAGGCGCACAAUGUAGUAACGGACUAAGACACGCUAUUGGAAAAUAUUUGGGUAAAAUGACGUUAGGUAUAUAUUGCGUUACUGUUAUACAUACUAUAGUAUAAGGUGGGUUUUCAAAAAGUAUUCGCGUAUUCGGUACGCCAUCAUAGACAGGUCACUGUUAUCACUGCCACUAACCAGUAACCACAUCAUUCCAAAGAGACUGCUAUGUACUUUGAUAACUAAAAAGAAGUAAACUGAACAGUUUAGACAGUAUUCGACAUUAGUUAGCGCGGGUACUUUACGAAUACCUUUAAGAAUCAUCCUCGGGUGAAACAAUGCGUAUUAAAUGAAAAUAAGAGAGAUAUAUAUUAUAUAUACGUACGUGUGUACAUGUGGUAAAUGCAUUUCACGAAAUAAAAGAAAAGAAAGACGGCGCCUCAUUAAAACUGAAACGUUCCGCCGCCAUCUUUUCUCUCAGAUGAAGAUUCACCACUGUCAAAUGAAUAAUGCACUACUACCGUAAUUGUAUAUUGUCGUAAAAGUAUUCAUAGCGAAGUCACCAAGAUGCCGAUUUUUUUUACUUUUAUUAUCCCCCAACCCCUCAUUAUUGACGUCGUAUAGUUCUGGACGCGUUCGUAUCUAUGGCUAAGAUCGAUGUGGUAUACUAUUCUGAAUUUUAUAUGCAAAGUAUUGGCAACGCACAAUAAUGUACGUUAUUUACGUGCUAUUGCAUUGCCGACGCGACGGCAGAAGCCGCCGUCGGACUUCUCUACGGAUGUACAACUUUUGUAUGAAAUAAAAAAUCAAUUUCCUAUCUGUU